GGUUGGUACCCGCCAACAUGGCGGCGGCGGCGCUGGAGUGUCUCGCGGCGGCCUGUCUCCUCCUUGCGGUCCAGGUGGCCUGUGAAUAUGGCAUGGUACACGUGGUCUCUGAGACGGGGGGUCCCAAAGGCAAGGACUACUGCAUCCUCUACAACCCGCAGUGGGCUCAUCUGCCACACGACCUCAGCAAGGCGUCUCUUCUGCAGCUGCGGGACUGGACGACCUCCAUGCUCUGCUCUCCAUCUGACCUCCCUGCCAAAGGCUUCAGCAACCAGAUUCCACUGGUGACUCGGGGGAACUGCACCUUCUACGACAAAGUGAGGCUAGCCCAGGGCAGCGGGGCACAUGGACUGCUUAUCGUCAGCAAGGAGACCCUGGUCCCCCCAGGAGGCAACAAGACGCAGUAUGAGGAAAUCGGCAUUCCCGUGGCCCUGCUCAGCCACAAAGACAUGCUGGACAUUUUCAAGAGUUUUGGCCGAGCAGUGAGGGCAGCAUUGUAUGCCCCCCACGAGCCCAUGCUGGAUUACAAUAUGGUCAUCAUCUUCAUCAUGGCUGUUGGCACCGUCGCCCUUGGGGGCUACUGGGCUGGGAGCCGGGACGUGAAGAAAAGGUACAUGAAGCAUAAGCGGGAUGACGAGCCUGAGAAGCAGGAGGAUGAGGCUGUGGACGUGACGCCCGUCAUGACCUGUGUCUUUGUGGUUAUGUGCUGCUCCAUGCUGGUGCUCCUGUACUACUUCUACGACCAUCUUGUCUAUGUGAUCAUUGGGAUUUUCUGCCUGGCCUCCUCCACGGGCCUCUACAGCUGCCUGUCACCAUUGGUCCAGAGGCUGCCAUUUGGCAAAUGCAGGAUCUGUGACAACAGCCUGCCCUACUUCCACAAGUGUCCUCAGGUCCGCAUGCUGCUCCUGGCACUGUUCUGUGUGGCUGUCAGCGUGGUGUGGGGAGUCUUCCGGAAUGAGGACCAGUGGGCCUGGAUCCUUCAGGACACGCUGGGUAUCGCCUUCUGUCUGUACAUGCUAAAAACCAUCCGCCUCCCCACUUUCAAGGCUUGCACGCUGCUGCUGCUGGUACUGUUCAUCUAUGACGUCUUCUUCGUGUUCAUCACGCCCUUCCUGACCAAGAGCGGGAACAGUAUCAUGGUAGAAGUGGCGACUGGGCCUGCAGACUCAGCCACACAUGAGAAGCUGCCCAUGGUCUUGAAGGUACCCAGGCUGAACGCCUCACCACUGGCCCUAUGUGACCGGCCCUUCUCCCUCCUGGGUUUUGGGGACAUCCUGGUUCCAGGGUUGCUUGUGGCAUAUUGCCACAGGUUUGACAUCCAGGUGCAGUCAUCCAGGGUCUACUUUGUGGCCUGCACCAUUGCCUAUGGCAUCGGCCUCCUGGUGACGUUCAUGGCCCUGGCCCUCAUGCAGCGUGGCCAGCCCGCCCUCCUCUAUCUGGUGCCCUGCACGCUGAUCACCAGUGGCACCCUGGCCCUGUGGCGCAGAGAGCUGGGCAUGUUCUGGACGGGCAGUGGCUUUGCGAAGGAUCUACCUCAGCCUCCUUGGGCGCCAGCCUCAGCUGAAGGCCCACAGCCUCUGAAAGACUCUGAGGUUGUGGUUUCCCAGCAGCCUCCAGGUGAAGCCCAGGUCAAGCCCACCCUGCCCGCAGAGCAUCCUCCAGAACUGGCUGGUCCUGAAGAUGUGGCCGGUGUGUCCACCCAGGAAUCCAAGAGUCCUGUAAGCCACACCUCUGAGUCUCCAGGCCUGUCAGGUGCCUCAGCCUAGGGGACAGUGCAGCCUCAGUCUUCGCCGUUUCCCCGAAACUGGAACUGCCAUCCUCCCAACUUGGUGCUCUGGUCUGGCCGAUGCUCACAUCUCCUCUGCCUCCUCGAGCCCAGC